UUAUAUAUAUAUAUCAUGUUAUAGUUUUCAUCUUAACCGUAAAUUUCGGUCUACUCAACUCAGAAAUUACAUCUUUUACCGUGUGUUAGGUCACUUCCUGUAUGUAUGACUCAUUAUGCUGUAGGUCACUCCCUUUAAGUCUGGUUCCCCGGUGGGACAGCGGUAAGUCUUCGGAUUUACAAUGCUAAAAUCAGGGGUUAGAUUCCCCCCCCCCCUCGGUAGACACAGCAGAUAGCCUGAUGUGGCUUUGCUUUACGAAAACACACGCUAUACCUUUUAAACAUAUCCCUGUAUCUUGGGGAUACAUUAAUACACCUCUCUUGGUACUCAUAGACAAAACAAAGAAAAUACUCCAGUAUUUAGUUGACAAGAUGUACCGAAGAAAAAUAAAAUCAUGAUAUACAGCGUAAACUCAGUGUAGUGGGCAGCCAUGUCCUGUAUAGCAUGUGUUAUUUAAAUCAAUGCAGGAAGGAUAAAACAAACACACCUAUAUGAUUGGAGUCCCCAUUAGUGACUAAUCGUCUAACCGAUGAGUGUUUGACAAACAUACGUGUGCAUGUGGACUCGCGGUGAAGUAAGCCGAAAGUGUGUCCAAUCAAGACCAGCGUGUUCUGCGUUUAGUCAGUUUCGCGUUUUAUCGUCCCUAGUUAUUUCGUUGUUGCAUAAAGGAUUAAAGCAUUAUGUUGCUUAGAGUUAGUCAUCCCAAAAGUAUGCAAGAAGAUCCCUAAAAUGUUUGAUAAAAACAUCAUCGUAGAGAUUAGAUACAGAGUAGUGUGUAAAAGAUGUCGAUAGUGUAGUUCUUUCCCGCCGUUUCAGCAAACGACACGUUAGUAGUGUUGAGUGUGCAGUUAGGUUUAUGUAACCUAUACGUCAAAAUCUUCGAAUGGCAAUAGGAUGUAUAUGUGAAACGCCUAUGGUGUUGGUCAACAGAUGGCCUACCAACUGUGAAUACAAGUAACAGAGUUCUUUAUAUCAUCUUUCCAACUUUUACUGCUCUGAAAAAUGAUAGGAAACGUCACUUUAUCAUUUCCAACCAACAAUGAGCACUUAUAACCUAACGCAGUUGCAAAAAACAGCUGAAGAGAGAGCAGAAAUAGUAGCAAAGUAUGACCGUGGUCGAGAGAAUGGAGCCAAUAUUGAUCCUUGGGAAGAUCCAGCUUUUGAAAUUUAUCAUGUUACAGACCGUUAUGGAUUUUUGCAUGAUUCUCGCCUUCCAGAACGACUAACAGCUCAUGAAGAAAAGGUGCGUGAAAUAGAAAAUGAAAGGUUAAACAAAUGGAUGAAAAUGCUUAAAUCAUGGGAGAAGUAUUGUCGAAGUGACAAACUGAAACGAAGAAUAUACAAGGGAAUACCAAAUGCUGUGCGUGGUGAAAUGUGGACAAGAUUACUAGACAUCCAACGAGUAAAAGAAGAACAAGAAGGAAAAUAUAAGGAAAUGAAGCAACGAGCCAAACAAUGGUCGCCAGACGCGAGGCAGAUAGACUUGGAUGUCAAUCGUACGUACAGGAACCACAUUAUGUUUCGUGAACGGUAUGGAGUUCAACAGCAAGCACUAUUUCAUGUCCUUUUGGCUUACUCUGUGUAUAACACUGAAAUAGGCUAUUGUCAAGGGAUGAGUCAAAUUGCUGCACUUUUGCUGAUGUACAUGAGUGAAGAGGAUGCCUUCUGGUCACUUUCUGUCUUAAUGACAAGUGAAAAACAUGCUAUGCAUGGAUUUUUCAUACCUGGCUUCCCUAAGCUUCAAAGAUUUCAGGAGCAUCAUGACACAAUUUUAACUAAAUUUCUUCCCAAGCUGAAAAAGCAUCUAGACAAAUAUGAGAUCCAUUCUAGUUUGUAUACACUAAAGUGGUUUUUUCAGUGUUUCUUAGAUAGGGUUCCUUUUACUUUAACUCUUCGUCUCUGGGACAUCUAUAUACUAGAAGGUGAAAUGGUUCUCACUGCCAUGUCAUACACAUUGCUUAAGCUACACAGAAAAACAUUGUUGAAAAUGGGAUUGGAAGAAAUAGUGGAGUUUUUGCAAGUUAAGCUAGAACAAGAUUUUGGUUACCAUGAUGAUGCUGCUGUGGAUGCCCUUACAACUUCUGUUGAAGAUUUACGAAAGCACAAGUUGCACCUUCCUGGCCGUAGACCAGAUCACGAACUUCCACAAAAGCCAUUUGGUUUAAUGACUGAACUACCUGUGAAGCCACAGAUUAGUCUAGGAAGCCAAGAAAGUGAAACGGUAGUCUUAGCUAAUGGCAAUCAGUCUCCUCUAUGGAAGAAUGAGGAAUUGUUGAGCACUAGUGAUUACAAUUCAGGAAGCAGUCUUCAGAGAGAAUCAAGGAACUCGGACAACCUCGAUAACGACAAUGGUAGUUCAAUUGUCGAUCCGCUGAGUUCAAGAAACUCUCUUGCAGGAACAUCACAGACAUCAGCAGCAGACUUAUCUGUUAUAUCUGCUUUCUCUAGCCCCAACACCACAUUGACCAGACAUGAUGACCAAGAUGGUAAUACCUCUCUCUGCAGUACUGAUAUUGACCCCCACCACCUCCAUCAAACUCUCUCACUCUAUGAUAAUGUGGACUACACAGAAAAUAUGAUGACUGCUCUUGAGGAGUCACCAAUUCUAUCAAGGACUCAGUCUCCCAAUGCUGUGAGAAUGUUUGUGCCAUACAAACAGACUGACUAUCCUCUGGCAGUUUCUUCAAGUUCUUCUUCACAUCAUGGAUUUUCACGUAGUCAUUCUUCUUCACCCCCAAAUGGUGAUGUCACCCUCACCAGUCAGGACCCCAAUAAAAUUACCAUCCAUGUUGAAAUGCACGACCCAUUACACAAUUCUCAGCACAUAACGUGAUAUGGACUUCCUAGUAUUGUGUAUUGUCGUUUCACAUUCCACUGAAAAAUUUGUGGUUAGCGCUCACUAAUGUAGCUUAAAAUAAUCAUAUUUAAUGGUAUCUGUUGACCAGUGGCUAACAUAUGCAACCUAGACCAUGAAAUAAGUGAAACCUGUUUAUGUGACAUACAUUCCAUUACAGAACAAUGCUUAAACUACUUAGUAAUGAUGUAAAAUUAAGUUAGUAAUUUAUAACUUUUAAUAUUUUCUUUCAUCAUUAUAUAUAUCAGUAAGUGAUCCACCUGAUUGUAAGACCCAAACAAACUUUAUUUAUACUAUGUACAUCUUAAAUACUUUAUAGGACUAACAGUUCUUUUAAUCUGUUCUUGCAUGAUGCUAUCUUGUAUGACAGUGCCAUAUUUACUUAAUAUAUUACUAGUUAUUCUAAUCAAAUAUUCAUUUCCUAAAAGAAGUUCAUCUUAUGCAGUCUUGCAUUAAGAAGAUAAAAAAGUACUCAGAAAAUGAAAGGCCAGCAAAUAUUUGUAUAUUUUUUGUAUUGUUUUUCAAGUGCUAUUAGGAAUCUGUGUGGGAGUAAAAACUGUAGUCUAAGCCAGUUGUUUUAUAAACUUGCACACAGAAUAUAGUCAGCCAGUAUCAUGACAUCUAGAUACUGUGUAAAUAAUUGUAGCUAACAUUCCUCAAAGUUUACAAACUUGCAUGUUUAAGAUUGGGAGACCUACUGGUUUUAAAGUCAAACACUUGACUGACAAUGUGUGUGUGUCACAUCCAUUAGCAAAAAUCAUGUAAUGGUAUCCUUCUAUUGUCUCUCAGCCAGAGCUUAAUAAAUUUAAUGGUAUGUGAUCACUAUCCUCCUAAUUUUAAUAUGAAUAAUUAUAAGACUUCAAAAUUUUAGCUGUAUUCCUAUGGCUAUUGAGCUAUUGUAUUGUACUUGGGAGUAUAUCAAAUUUUCAGGUGUGUAGUUAUAUCUUUCUUACUCAUCUAGAGACAUGUAUGUUGAUGUAGCUAUUUAAACAGAAAGGAUUAUUCAUCCAGAGGUGUAUGUGUACAAGGGUGUCCACAGAAAUAUUUUCAGGGAGGUUGCAAAACGUAUGUCUGGGAUCAGCUUUUACAGUGGAAAUCAACAGACUAAAAGAAUAUAUGUUAUGUGUGCUGAAACAGAAAUUUCCAGUUUUAAUAAAAAAUUACUAACAAUUUUGAGUUUAAAUAUGAUGUUAAGUUUAUGUCAUAAUACAUGCAUUUUUUGUGAAAUGUAUUGGGGGGGGGCAAAUACCACCUCAUCCCCCUUCCUGUGGGUGCCCAUGUAUUUGUAUUAAUGUAGCUGUAUAAAGAGAAAGGUUAUUCAUCUGGAGGCACAUUUGUAUUCAUGUAGCUGUAUAAACAGAAAGGAUUACUCAUUCAGAGACACUGUGUACUGGUGUAGCUGUAUAAACAGAAUAAAAUAAUUACUCAUUCAGAGACACAGUGUACUCAUGUAGCUGUAUAAACAGAAAGAAUUACUCAUUCAGAGACACAAUGUAUUCACAUAGCUGUUUAAAAUAGAAAGUAUUACUCAUUCAGAGGUGUAUGUACUCAUGCAGCUGUAUAAACAGAAUAAAAGGAUUACUCAUUUAGAGACACAUUUGUAUUCACAUAGCUGUAAAAAAUAGAAAGUAUUACUCAUUCAGAGGUGUAUGUGCAUUAUGUAGCUGUAUAAACAGAAUGGAAGGAUUACUCAUCUAGAGACAUGUGUAUUCAUAAAGAAAAAGCACGGAUUAAUAGUAUAUCUCAUUUAACUGUGAUUUUUGAUUUAAUAUAUCCAGGCAUAAAUGUGAACUAACACUUGUUUGAUAAAAUACACGUCAAGAAGUACUCUUAAUAUAAGAUUCCAUUUAGUAGAAGGAUUUGUCAAACAUUUAAAGUAAGUACCCAUUAACCAUAACAUUAUGAUAGAGAACUUUCAAAAAAUGUAUCAAACUUGAAUGAGACAAACACAACAAGAGUCUUCUAUAAAAUGGACCAAAGUAUAUAUAAUUUCUGAUAAUGCUUCUUUAUGUGAUACUAGCAACUACUGAAUAUUUUGUUGUUACUUGUAAUUAUUUCGUACUUUCAUCAUUCUAAAAUAAACAAAAAAAUGUAAUUUCACAGUUAUUAAAAACAAAGAUCCAAGCAACAUAGAAAAGUUUUAUGUUUAAGUUUCACGGUUUUAAUAAAUAAUCCUCACAGAUGGAGCUGAGAUAGUUGUCUACCCUAAUGUGUUUGUGAUUAGCUUAGAUUAUUUUUGGAAAGAGGAACUCUUAUCUUUGCAGUUCUUCUAAAACGUUCAAGUAAAUUUGUAUCUCCAAGAGUGGUGAAAACUGACUGACAGAUUAAAUAGCAAAAAAGGUUAAACAAUGAAUGUUGCAAGUUUUAGUAUAUUUAUUUAUUGUAUACUUUUUUUUUAUUAAAGCAUCUCAAAGUUGGAAGAAUUAAUCCAGUUAAAAACUGUACGUUAUAUUACAUAGUCUACCCCUGUGUUUUAACAGCAAAAGCAAACAAGAUAAAGUGCACAGUCAGAUAUGCAAGUCUUUACCCGUUUUGAAACUUAAAAACAUGGAAAUUGUAAUUAAUGCACAGCUUUGGACUUACUGCAUGGGACUAAGUCCGCUUACCAGUGUGCUUGUGGUACUGUGUCUACACAUUUGAAACUUUUGUUCUUCCUCAUUGUGAUGUGAAUAUUAAUUCUUUACAGUUAUUAUUUUUGAAUGUUAAGUAUUUCUGAAUUAAGUAUGUAUGUACUUGUUUGUAUGUGACAACAUUUUCAUAGCCAUUGUUUUUAAAGUCGUGGAUAAAGAUGGAAUAAAAUACCCUAAUAUCA